CCGCCUAUUCUCCUCCUCCAUCUGUUGCUACCAUGAUUCAACGAACAAAUUCAUGAGGCAAAAUAAGAAGAUAUGUCAACAGAACUCUGAAAACAUGGCUCUUAGUGUGGAGGAAGAGAGGUCACACCUCGGUUGAAGGCCACGCAUUCAAAUCCCUUAGAUUCUCAAACUGUCUCGACGAAUCAGUAAUCUUAAUUCAAGGUAAAUGGUCUCUCAAAUACCCUGGAGCUGUCCAAAUUGUGGUAUUGUACUCGUGCCGCUUGAGAAGACGCGUUUGCACCUUAAUGAACGGUUUUACGCAUACGUGUGGUAGUUUCGGAUUUACCAGUCUUUCGUUGACGUUUUUUCAAGUAUAAAAAGUGGGGAACACUCGUAAUCCACGACCAGUUGUGCUCCUGAGUGUCGAUACAUCAUCGUAACUGUCAGAAGGGACUUCCAAGCGUGAAUAUAACAACAAAAGGCGAAAUGGCGUCGCAUUAUUUCGUCGCCAUUUUAGGAUUUGUUUUCAUUGGGUCAGUGUGUUGCAGUGACAGCAUCAUAUUCCCCGAUCAGAUAGUUUCAAACGUAAACACAGAGACGGGAGCGAAGUUCAACGGUGAUGAUUCUAAUAGAUUUCACAAGACAAAUAAGUUUGGGCGUAACACAUAUGAUGCUUCAAUUCACGCUUCCAAUUCGUGGCUAAACGAAAAACCGACAGGUCAGGGCCAUCAUCAACAACCAAAUGGAGGGAGCAACAAUCGUCCUCAAGAUUCUUGGUCCAGGCCAGGUACCUCUGGAAGAAUAAAGCCAGGUUUCCCAGAGUUACCUGGCUUCCCAGAGUUUUCUCCAAGUGGAAAUUCGCAGUCAAACGCAAACGCCCAAAGUAAUUCCCAAGUUUCGAACGGCCAUGCCAGCAGCAACUCCAAAGCUAGCGCGCAGUCUCAAGGACACGGCUAUCAUGAGCCAGCUUAUUACCCAUCAAACGGCCAUCCCAACCGAGGCUUUCCAGAUUUCCAUCAAAGUGGAGGGUCACAGGCAAAUGCAAACGCCCAGAGCAAUUCGCAGGCAUCAAAGGGCCAUGCAACUAGUAAUUCCCAAGCGAACGCCCAAUCUCAAGGACCCAGACAUUAUGGUCCAUCAUAUCAUCCAUCAAAUAGUCACCCCCACCGAGGCUUCCCAAAUUACUUCCCGAGUGGAAGUUCCCAGGCAAAUUCCCAGGGAAGUUCUCAGGCUUCGGAUGGCUUCUCCAGCAGUAACUCAAAUUCAAACUCGCAAACUUUGGGAUUCGGGGGUGGAGCUGCUAGCGCAUCAUCCGCAGCAUCGGCAACGACAGGAAUCGUGAAUGGUCGUCCAGUGGCGGCUGCUGCCGCAAGUGCAGCAGCUGCGAGUGCAGGUGGCGCUGGGAGCGCCGGAACUUCCUCUGUUUCAUCAGCUUCAGCGUCAUCCUCUGGAAACUUCGAUAAAUCUCCCUGGUUCUACAGGAGUCGCUCAAUCACUGACGACAUGAACGAAACGGCCGUUGCUGACAACAAAGAUGAAAUUGUGUUCCUAAACUGAGAAUGAUUUCAAUAGAUUUAAUUGAAUCACAACUUUAUUAAAAUUUUGAAAAAAAAAAAAAAAUUAACUCCAUCACUGACAAAUUAAUGAAAAAUUGGGAAUUUCCACUGCGAGUAUAAACGACUUACGAAAGGCUUCACAUCAUCGUCUGACAUCAAUCACUGUAAAUAACUGUUAAUUAAUUAUCCAUAAGAUAAUUAAUUAACAGUUAUUUACAGCCCCCUUUUAAGAAUAAAAAUUUAAUGAUGAGGGUUCAAAUUAUGAGGUCAAUGGAUUUAAUGGACCAUAACUUCAUUGAAAUUGAAAGAAAGAAAGAUUGAAAAAAAUAAACUCCAUGACUGACAAACUAAUGAAAAAUUUGAAAUUUCGAAUGCGAGUAUAAACAACUUACGAAAGGCUGCACAUUUCGGCGCAUUUCUGCCGCAAAUGCAAGUGGCGCUGGGGGCGCCGGAACUUCUUCUGUUUCAUCAUCUUCAGCGUCAUCCUCUGGAAACUACGAUAAAUCUCCCUGGUUCCACACACGAAAAAAUUUAAUAGAAAAACCUAUCGAAGUCGUUAGAAAAUUCAAUUGAAUUUCUAUUAAACUU